AUGGACACCAUAGAGAACCCCGCCUUGGAGCCCAGAUCGGAGCGGAUCGCCCGCUACAAGGCCGAGAGGAGACGGGAGCUACAAGAACGCUAUGGCGACAUGGAGGAGCUCCCAUCCAAGUGGGUGAGGAGGGAUGGGACUCGCAUGAACUCAGACGGCGCACCUCCCUCCACAGACAGGAUCCUCUCUGGGGGGGUGAACGGCAGAGCGGCGGGGCCGGAGGGGGGCAGGAGGGAGAGCAACACCCCUCUGGAGUCAGAACCGAGGAGAGUCUCCAACGGCUUUGAGGCAGACACUGCUGCAGACCCAACACACCUCCGAAGGCAGUGUUCUUCUGGCUCUGCCGGCAUGUUGAGUGGGGGGGAGCCCCUAGCUCCCCCAGGCCCCCCUGGACCCGACGCGGCCCAGCUGCAAACGCGGGUGUCGGUGGGCCAGUUGAGGAGUGCCCUGCUGCAGCAGACCGGGACUGGAACACAGCCUGAGAAAGUUAGUCCUGACAGUGGCCGUGCGGCCUCUUCCCUUGACCUAGCUGUAAAGCCGGGCUCAGAGGGGGGACGGCGGCGCACCCGUCGCUACCACCCUGGGGUGUCAGGUGGGGGCCGCAAAACCAACGAGCGCUUCAGGACACAGCCGAUCACAGCCUGUGAGGUGCAGGAGAGCGGCGGGAAGAGCCGUGUGGUCACUAAGUUCAAGCCAGCUGAUGUGAAGACAGAUGACAGAGCCAAGAUGAGUGUGGCGGCCAAGAUGUCUUUGUUUAAAGAGCUAGAGAAGACAGCAGCCCCCGAGGCCUCCUCCUUUCUGAAGCCUCGCUCUGGCAGCGCCACGUAUGAACGCAGAGUACGCCGCGGCAACGAGCACCGCUCACUCACUCAGCCAAUUACCUGUGAGGAGAUGGUGGUGGCCACCAGCAGCACCCCCCAGCCAGUGGAGUCAGUCGAGGCCCAGGCUGUGCAGGCCGAGGCGGAGGCGGUGGAGGACGAUGCGAACAGUAAGCUGACUAUGAGUGAGAAGCUGGCUCUGUUCAACAAGCUGUCCCUGCCAGGGAACCAGGGGGAUGCCGCUCCCCAUGCCCCCCCAGAGAGACGCAGGCAGAAGGGGGCACGCUACCGCACACAGCCCAUCACCGUGGAGGAGGUCAGCCUGUAUUCUCCUCGCUUUGGCCUCCCUCAGCUCCAGAAAGGCCCCAUCCAGCUGCCCCCGCUGCGCCUGUCCCCCACCCUCUCCGACCGGCAGCAGGAGCAGUCCGUCAACCUGAGGCCCAGUGAGGUGCGUCAGGCCCAGCCUCGACCCGGGGCCGACGUGGAGCCUAACACAGGACCUGACCCGUCCCAGCAGGGCCUGCAGCAACGCAGGGACUCUGAGCCAGGAGAGAUCAGAGGCAUCCUGAGGAAGAGCCCCUCUGCAGGACCAGAAUGGGACCGAGACGGAGACAUUAUGAGGGAGGGCAGACAACAGAGGAACAGGAAUAGGAGGGAGACGGUGGCCGUGUGUGCCUCAGACAGGCCAACCUCAGAGCAGGGUCCCCCCCAGGAGGAGAGGCAGAUGGACCCCCCUGGGAACACCUCUGGGAGAGACAGGUUGUCAGAUGCUUCCAGGGAGGAGGAAGAGGAGGAGAGGGGGAGCAGGGUGAGGAGAGACACCCCUCCUAGACAACACGUCCAGGUGACCUUGGCGGACCAGAGGAAGGAAGACAGUGAGAUCUCCCAUGAUGCACCAGCUGUCAACCCUCAGUGCUGGGAUCCUGUCUUUUCCUCUGUCUAUUCCAACAGUACACCUCAAUAUGUCAUGUGUUACAAUCAGACCAGCUCUUCCUUUGAGGCCCAGGAGGUAUCCUCUCCUACCCAGACCCUCUCUCAGCCCCAAUGGAGACAGAAGCACGCUAGACCAGUCGAAGAGGAGGAGCUGCCACAGGCGUCGGUGGCUGAGCGCAUGAGAACCCUACAGGAGAGCGAGGAGCAGUGGAAGACCAGAGGGAGAGGGGCCGCCAACGACUCAGCCCAGUACACUGUGGCCGGACGCAUGGCGAAAAGAGGUUUGGUGUCCCCUGUAUCGGACAUACACGAGACCCCUCCAUCUCACACCAAGAGACCCUCCACAGGAGCCACAGCAACAGCAUGCCCAUAUGAAGAGAUCUCCAGUCACCCUGGGAUGGAGGUGGAAGAGGACACAAAGCUGGACAAACUGGAUUCCAUUGUGGACAGGCUAAAUACCGCUCCCCAGGACACGCCCCUGGAGGUGACCUCGGGGAGGGUGAAGGAGGUCAUGACCCCUGAUGACCAGGAGACGUGUGGUGGUUUCUACAGGGAGGUGUCGCCCCCCUCACCCUCUGCCCUCCCUGCUGGGGCUGGUGCUGCCACUGGAACUGACCCGGAACAGGACCUCAGUGCCCUCUGCCAGACCAACACACCCAUGCUGACAUCAGAAGUAGCGCAGCACAGGCGGUCGGUGCGUCCGUCCCGUAGGACCCAGGGCUCCCGGAACCCUCUGCGUGCUCUGGCGGCCCGCGAUGACAUCAGGCAGGACUUCAUGGGAGAGAGAGUCACCAUGGCUACCGUGAACACUAACAGGACACAAGUGGAGAAGUUGGCCAAGAAUUCUAACAUGGCUGACUCAACUCUAGCAGGUCUGGCCAGUACAGAGGACUUCAGUAACGUCGAUCUGCGUGAUGUCACUUCCACAGAGUCAGAGUCAAUGACAAAUAACAACAACCUGCCCAUCAGCAACCUCAUGCUCAUUCACAUCAAAGGUUGGCAUCAUGUGCAAGUGCGUCUGGUGGAGCCCACAGCCAGGUCUCUGAACAGUGGAGACUGCUUCCUGCUGGUCACACCCACUCACUGCAUCCUCUGGAGCGGAGAGUUUGCCAACACAACAGAGAAAGCCAAGGCGUCAGAGCUGGCAUCGUUGAUCCAGACCCAGGGGGAUCUGGGCUGCCGGGCCUGUGGGGUCAUCCACCUAGAGGAGGGGGUCAAUACUGACAACAGCCUGGCCUCUGACUUCUGGAACCUUCUGGGAGGAAAGACACAAUACAGAGGGGCGGGAGCCCCAGAAGAGGAUGAGCUGUAUGAGAGUGGGGUGGUGGAGUCUAACUGUUUGUACAGGCUGGUGGAGAACAGACUGGUACCUCAUGAGCAGGCCUGGGCAGCCAUCCCCACUGUCUCCCUACUGGGAUCCACUGAGGCCUUGGUGUUUGACUUUGGCAGCGAGGUGUACCUGUGGCAUGGGAAGGAUGUUGCCCCUGGCGACAGGAGUGUGGCUGUACAGCUGGCCCAGCAGGUGUGGGGUGGUCCCUACGACUACAGCAACUGUAGGGUCAACCCACUGGACCCCACACACUGCAACCCCAGCAUACAGCCGCAAGGUGAAAGACGGCCCGGCUGGGCUCUGUUUGGCUGUGUCUCUGAGCACAAGGAGACAGCCCUCUUCAGGGAGAAGUUUCUGGACUGGGCUGGAGAUAAGGAGGAGACCGCUGCAAUGGUGGUGGAGGAGGCACAGACUGCCAUGCCAGUGUGGCCCCAGCAGAGCCCCCUGCCCCAGCAGCCCCAGCAGCAGUUAGAGUCUGUGUCUCUGUGUGCGUGUGAUGCCAAGGCGCUGGUGGCAGGGCAGGGGGUGGCACUGCCAGGGGACGGGGUGGUCCCUACAGUCCUGGAGGGGUUGGACGUUCAGAGGGGGCAUGGUGUCGUACCCCUGGAGGACGGGCGGCAGGUGGAGCUGAGCACUGUUGCCGUGGAUACCUGGCACAUUCAGGAGUUUGAGGACAGCGAGGCCCAGCUGGAGAGCUCAGGGCAGCUGCAUGAAGGAGACACGUACCUGGUCCGCUGGACCUAUACUCUCAGCCCAGCGGAUCAAAGCGGGGAGCCUGGGAGGGAGUGCUCUGCUGUCUUCAUCUGGCAGGGCCGGCACUCCAGUAUCAAUGGGCGAGGCGCGUCUGCACUCACGAGUCAUGAGGGAACACAGGUGAUGGUGCCGCAGGGGCAGGAGCCUCCAUGUUUCCUUCAGCUUUUCCAGGGAGGUCUGGUCAUCCACAAAGGCUGCCGAGCGGACACCACCAACAACACAGGAGUCUGGCGUCUGUUCUGUGUGCGUGGGGAGCUGCCUGAGGAGGCCAGUCUGUUGGAGGUGGACUGUAGCUGUGGCGGCCUGCGCUCCCGAGGUUCUCUCAUACUGCUCAACAGUCAACAGGGGGCGCUCUACCUGUGGCAUGGCUGUAAGGCCCACGCCAGCUCCCGGGAGGCAGGCAAGAGGGCUGUGGAGCGACUCACUCAGAUGUGCCCUCCUGAACUGGGCCUCAGCAGUGAUAGCCCUUCGAGGGUGCAGGAAGUGGAGGAAGGGGCGGAGCCUGUGGAGUUUGGGAACGCUAUUGGGCAGCAGGACAGGAAGGCCUAUGACUGCAUGCUACAAGAUCCAGGGAAGUAUAACUUCACGCCACGCCUCUUCCAUCUGAGCACCCGUUCCGGAAACUUCCAGGGGGAGGAGCUGCAGAGCCCUGCCCGGUUGCCAGGGGUUGUCAUGGCAAUGCCCUUUGUCCAGGAGAGUCUGUACUUUGUGCCACAGCCAGCCCUGUUCCUGCUGGAUAACUGUAUGGAGCUGUAUCUGUGGCAGGCAGGUGAGCCUGAGGACAGUCAGACCGCUGGCUCAGCCUGUAUCCGCUGGGCUAAUGAGAGGAGGUGUGCCAUGCAGACAGUGCUCCAGUACUGCAAAGAGAGGAACCCGAGGCGCCCCCUUCAGGCCUACCUCAUCCAGGACGGAGCAGAACCCCUCACCUUCACCAACGUUUUCCCCCGCUGGGAGAAGAGACCCACACCCACCACACAGGGGGAGGCCGGGCGGGUCAAGCUGACCUUGGUGCAGGACGCCCUGGCCCAGCUCAGUAAGACCCAGUACCCCCUAGAGGAGCUGCUGCAGACCCCUCUGCCAGAGGGAGUGGACCCCCAGCGCCUGGAGAUAUACCUCUCCGACCACGACUUCCAGACUAUUUUGGAGAUGAAGAGAGAUGAGUAUGACUCCCUCCCAAACUGGAAACAAAUCAGCCUGAAAAAAAGCAAAGGACUCUAUUGAAAACCUAAAGAAACAAAAAAGAUCCCAUUUAUGUCAACAUAUCCUGAGAUUUUUGUUGUUGUUGUAUUUUCUAUUAUUAAGAGAAUUAUAGUUUCUUGUCAGGUGAUGACAAUUGCGUACAGUGUUUUCUUAGUAGCUGUUUUUAAGUUGUAUCUGUGUGUCUUCUUUAAGUAUGGUGCUUUAGGGCCUUAUUCGUUCUCAGCCAAUCGCUCUCGCUUGCAGAGAGACAGGACUGCCUAUACCUUCAAACAGAAGGACAACCAUCCUGAUCCCCAAUCAAUCAACUGGAUCCAUUUUCUUAUUCCUAGAGCUUACAUGAGUGUGUGGUUUUCUUACCGACUGUGGAUUCCCUCAGAAAUGUUAACCAAAAAGAAGAAGAAACAGCAUUUCACAUUUUCCUAUGAAACUUUUAAUUUACCUGUACAAAUCAAGGAAGGAAACAAAGAGAAAGUUGAAAAAGAAGAGGGAUAAGGAAACAUCACAAACGGUGGGUGGGUGAGGAGAGGACACAGGAGUGGUUACAUACAAAAGCAAUCAAUUGUAAUAAACAACGGAAACCAGGAAAAUAAAGGAGUGGCCACUUCCUUCAUGUUUCAUCUUAAAUCAAUAUCGUUCCAUCACUGAGCUCUGCUUAUGCUGCGGUUAUACUGGCAGUCUUCUCUUAGGCUGAAUUUCAGAGCUUGAAAUAUAAGAAGGAAAAAGGCAUGUCUUCUCAGAAAGACAACGUAAAAAAAACCCGCCUGAUUUGUCUCUAAGCUUGACCGUGUGUUUAACAGUAUAGUUUUGCCUAUAAAAGUCUAAUGUGGGUA